AUGGGCGUUGACCCUGAGGAGGCCAAAAGUGCAAAGAAGGUCAAGACGAGCCAGGCCUGGCUCAGGCUGUUCAGGCUGGCUAGGCCCGAGUACAAGCUGCUAGGUGGAGCAGUAGGUUUGCUCCUGGUGUCGUCAUCAGUGACGAUGGUGGUGCCAUUCUCGAUGGGCAAGAUCAUCGAUAUCGUGACCAAUGCUGGAGCAGUGAUCCCGUAUGGCUUGUCGCUGAAGGAGGUGUUUGCAGGUCUGGGAGGCAUGUUCGUCGUGGGCGCGGCAGCAAACAUGGGCCGCGUGUUCCUGAUCCGCACCGCUGGCGAGAGCAUGAUUGCUCGCCUGCGCAAGCAGAUGUUUGGGCGGAUCAUGCAGCAGGACAUGGGCUUCUUUGAUCGCAACCGGUCCGGAGAUCUUAUCAGCCGACUCAGCACCGACACGUCGAUUGUCAGCAAGAGCAUCACCAACAAUGUGUCUGAUGGGCUGCGGUCCUCGAUCUCGGCUGUCGUUGGCAUUGGAAUGAUGCUGUAUGUCAGCCCGAAGCUGACUGGAAUUAUGCUAGGCAUCGUGCCACCAGUGGCACUGUGGGCUGUAAUCUACGGAAAGUACAUCAAGAAGCUGUCCAAGAAGACGCAGGAGGCCGUCGGUGACCUGACUAAGGUAUCAGAGGAGCGCAUCAGCAAUGUGCGCACCGUGCAGGCGUUCUCGCGUGAGUCGCAGGAGGUCGAGCGCUACGACAUCGAGGUCCAAAAGAUCUUUGGCCUGGCCAAAAAGGAGGCCAUGGCUAGUAGCCUGUUCUUUGGCGGUAACGGACUGGCGGGCAACUUGGCGGUUCUUGCUUUCCUCGGAUUCGGCGGACGCAUGGUUAUGAACGGUGAAAUUUCUAUUGGUGACAUGACCUCGGUUAUGCUGUACUCGGCAUACGUUGGCACAUCGCUCUCUGGUCUGUCGUCUUUCUACUCCGAAGUCAUGAAGGGUGUUGGUGCUGGGUCGCGUCUGUUCUACUUGCUGGACCGCAAGCCAGCCAUCGACCGGAACCCCAAUGGCGUCAAGGUUAGCGACAUCAACACAAUCAAGUUCGACAAUGUUGGCUUUACGUACCCAACCCGUAGCGACGUGCAUGUGUUUGACAAACUCUCGUUUGAGAUCACCAAGGGCUCGCAUGUGGCCAUUGCUGGUCCCUCAGGCAAGGGCAAGAGCACAGUCGCCAGUCUUUUGAUGCGCUUCUAUGAUCCUACUGUCGGCACGAUUACUGUUGACGGCAUCGACCUUCGCGAUAUGGACCUCGCUAGCUGGCGCUCUCAUAUCGCAAUGGUGCCCCAGGAGCCGGUGCUCUUUGCUGGAACGAUUCGUGAUAACCUGCUCUACGGUAACCCGCUGGCUACUGACAGCGAGCUGAUUGCUGCACUCGAGAUGGCCGAUGCGUGGUACUUUGUUUCACGGUUCCCGGCACAACUUGACACCUAUGUCGGUGAGCGCGGUGUAUCCCUUGCACUGGACGGCACCCGCGAGACACGCGUGCUGCAGGCCCUGGACAAGAUCAGUGCUAGUUCUGACCUAACUGUGAUCACUAUUGCUCACCGCUCCAGCACGCUGAAGAAGAGCGAUACUAUCCUGGUUGUUGGCGACACCGGGAAUAUCGAGGAGGCCGGGCCCUACAAUGAGCUGAUGGGCAAGGAGAAGGGCUACUUUAGACAGCUGAUGUUGGCCCAGGCUGCUGAGCAUCACUGAGCGAGCUAGGUAUUUUGUGGGAAUUGCGAAUGAUUUUGCACGCACUUUUCCUAAUGUGUCUGAAGCAACCGAAAUCCAUACGAGAAGUGGGGUAGUCUAGAAUGAACUUGUGAGCGAUGGCA